CGUUAACGCUGCUUCUCCAUAAAGACGCAAACACAAACACGGUGAAGAAGGCAGGAUUCAGCGCUGAAUAUAGUGACUUAUGUUUUACAGAAAACGACAGAUUUUUUUUUUUAUUGCAUACAAAUCCUGCGUGCAGUUUAAAUAUCGAGUAAUUGAAGCGAGAUUCGUUUUUUGGCGUUUGUAAGCUCGCCGUUUCUGAGAGCGGUGCGGUUGGGGCGCUAACAUGAACGUGGAGGCGGCACAGACAGCGCCGAGCGGAGCAGCGAGCACCAACUCCUCCUCCACCCCGAGCAGCAGCAGCAACUGUGUCCCAAACAGCAACUCUACCGCUAAUGUUAGCAGUUUACCCUCCACCGGCAGCAUUAACGUUCCAACCUCUGCUGCCAUGGCAACACCAUCUUCAGACACCUCUGUGUCCAACGGCCUCUACGUGCCCACGGGAUUAGCCAACGGAGACGUGAAGCCUGUCAUCUCAAGCACGCCAUUGGCUGAUUUCCUAAUGCAGCUGGAAGACUAUACACCUACAAUCCCAGAUGCAGUUACAGGAUAUUAUCUCAAUCGGGCAGGAUUUGAAGCGUCAGAUCCAAGGAUAAUCCGUCUGAUCUCAUUGGCAGCUCAGAAGUUUGUCUCAGACAUCGCUAAUGAUGCACUGCAGCACUGUAAAAUGAAGGGUACCGCGUCUGGAAGCUCCCGUAGCAAGACAAAGGAUAAGAAGUACACACUGACGAUGGAGGACCUGGCCCCAGCUUUAACCGAGUAUGGCAUCAAUGUUAAAAAACCGUACUACUUCACGUAAAACCAAACAUGCUGAGACGGACUGCUAACAGUUACAUGGCUCCCUUUACAGAUGUCCACACUGUAGAGAGAUGAGUUUUAUCAGUGAAAACCUUUGGUGUGACAAAGACAAGGCUGUGUGCUUGGUUUUCAUUCACUUAGCAACUUAUUUUAAUUUUUUUUUUUUUUUUUUUUUUUUUUUUUGCAUAACCAUAGUCUGUAAUUCAUUACAUAUUUGUAAUACUGGAUUAAUGAAAAUAAACAUAAAUUUGUGACUUAAAAAA